AUGGAACCAAUCUCCCCACCCCCAACCCUAACCCACCUCUUCACACUCCGGUGCGCCGUCGACCCACCCCUCGAAAUCGGCAUGGGGCCGUACGGCCGUCGACGCUGCGUGCCCAUCAAGUCCGGCACCGUGAGGGGGAAGUAUCUCGUGGGAGAGGUUGUUCCGGGAGGAGCGGAUUUUAUGCUAGUUGAAGAGAACCAGACGACGCAUGUGAAUACGAAUUAUGUGAUUAAGAGUGAGGAUGGGGCGUAUAUUUAUGUUAGGACGGAAGGAACCCGAUCCGGUCCCCCCGAAGUGCUAAAGGCAUUGAUGGAAGGCGAUGGUGUCGAUCCAGCGAGUUACUGGUUCCAUUUACAUAUCAAAUUGGAGACAGGACAUGAGAAGUACAGAUGGAUGACGAACCGGGUGAUUGUGGGACGGGCGACGAGGGCAAAGGGGGAGGUUGCGUAUGAUGCGUAUUUCUUGGAGAACUUGUCAUAA